CGGUAGUCCAACUAAAUUGAGUAUAGUAGCACCAUAAGCGGUAAGCCCUUCUUCUUGCGGGUAUGGUAUGGUGGGGUAACACUUUUGGGCAAUAUGCGUCACACGGCGAGCCCCUCCAAGUGAAAGAUUAAAAAGAUUACAAAAAAAAAAAAGGUUCAGCUGUGUCGCGUCAAGAUCACCCGCUGCCACAUUCAUUCUGAGAUCAUCGGCCAUCAUCUGCCAUCAUCAUCUACGUGUUUCACUCAAAUCCCAUUUCUAGCUUAGCAGAGCAUGCCUGCCAACCCUUUCCUCCUUGCUGCUGACAACAGCCCGGCGCUCCUGCCCCUCCUUCGCGAAAACCCGCAGCUGGCCGCCCAGCAAGACGAGCAUGGCUACUCUCUUAUCCACGCUGCCGCAAGUUAUAACCACCUAGAACUUUUACGUGCCCUUGUCCAAGAGUUCAAAGUUGAUGUUAAUCUACGCGACGAAGAUGACGAGACCGCUUUGUUCGUUGUUGAGACAGUCGAGGCGGCUAAAGUCCUCCUUGAAGAACUCGGCGCCGACCUCAUGGUGAAAGGGUCCGAUGGCUACAGCGCCCGCCAAAAGAUCGCUGAGGAAGGUGAUUUCCCAGAAGUUGCGGAGUACCUCAGACUUAAGGAAGCGGAGCAGGCUCCACGCUUGUCAAAUGGAGUCAAUGGCGAAAUUCCACAAGAUGAAAACAAUAUUCCACCUCUACCCGAAGGACUCAACAUCUCGGUCAGCACCAUGAAUCCCACCGAAGACGUCGAUAACGAAGUCGACUCAGAGUUCAGGAGAAGGAUAGAGGAAUUGGCCCAACGGGAGGAUUUCCACAGCGAAGAGGGUCAGGCCGCACUCAGACAACUUGUCCAAGAUGCGAUUGCCGAAGAAAACUUCGCAGACCGUAAUGUCCGGCCCCGUCAAAGCUGAGCACCACAAAAGAUAUAUCUUUGAAUCAUGAUAGAUUAUCAAUGGGCUUGCUCAUUCGUGCCCCUUGAUCUCCCAGAGAACGUACUCCCCUGGGCUGCUUGGUGGCCUCAUGAUUGUAUAAUCAGCACCAAGCCCCAUUACGCCUCGAGUGAAGGGCGUGGUGCUAAAUGAGAACCAUCCUUCUGGCGGUAGGGUCCUGAUCAACUCCGCUAAGGUGUUUACGGCCCAUAAUGGCGCUAUGAAACCCUGCCAAGUAAUCUUACACAACUGGCCCUCGUUGCUUCCAUUUGGAU